AUGGUCGAAAUCAUCUCGCCACCCGACUGUGUCUCCUCGAUCGAGACUGUCUUCCACCGUCGUCGUGGUAACAUCAUCCACGACUUUCCCAAGCCCGGCACCCCACUCCAUGUCACCAAGGGUCUCUUGCCCGUGCUCGACAGCUACGGCUUUGAGACGGAUCUCCGUAGUCAUACCCAGGGUCUGGCAUUCUGUCUCUCGGUCUUUGACCACUACCAAAUCGUGCCCGGCGAUCCACUGGACAAGGAUGUCCAGCUUUUACCACUCGAGCCAAGCCCCCAACAACACUUGGCACGUGAACUUUUAAUCAAAACAAGAAGAAGAAAGGGUCUAUCUGAAGACGUAAAUCUUUCAAAACAUUUCAACGAUGAACAAUUAUUAAAUUUAAUGUCUCACAUGUCAACAAAUUAA